AUGGCAGAUUCGAGUGAUUCUGAGUCCAUAUCUUUGCCGUCUACCAGCUCUUCCGGAAAUGGUACUCCUAAGCAAAACUCCAGGAUCAGCAGACCAUUAAGCUCUAAAAAAUUGAAGUUUGAUACUUCUAGUGACGAUGAUUCUACGGGUGAUAAUGGGGAAAAUUCAAAUUUGUCUAACUCAACCACUUCAUCUUCCAAAAAAGUCUCGGAAGAGAGAAGUUCCAAAAAAAGUAAACAUUCGCAGUCAUCUGAAUCCCCAGUAAGACGGUGCUCUAGAUCUCCUGCAAAGAAAGAAAACUAUCGUUCUAGAUCUAGAGAACGGCGCCGGAAGAGCAGAUCGAGUUCUGAAGAAAGAAUAAGAAGUAGAAAACUGUCUGAUUCUUUUAACUCAAAAAAUAGAAAUCGAUCAUCGUCCAGAAAUAAGAGAAAUUCACCUCCUAGUCGUAGAAGUUUUGCUUCCUCUGAUGAUGAGGAAAGAAAAGCACCUCGCUCCAAUAUUAGAGGAAGUUUUUCUCCCAGAGAACGACGUCAUUCUCCAAACGAUAGGAAGCGAUCUCCUACAAGGGAAAGACGACGUUCUCCAAAGUAUUCACUGGCUGGAGACAGAAGACGAUCGCCAAAGAGUUCUUAUACGAGGGAGAGAAGACGUUCUCCAGUACGAUCGCCUGUGAGAGAGAGGAGGCGAACGCCUCAACGUAGAGGAUCUUCGGACAAUGAAGAUAAGCCGUUCAUGUUUCGCAGCCGUGCUGACGGGAAACGGAAAGAAUCUGUUCGUAGUUCCAGCAGUAAAUCAAGGUCUCGCUCGAGAAGCCCAAUCAGAAGCUCGAUAAGGCACAGAAGAGGCCGAGAACGCCGGGCCAUUGAAGACGAAGAGGAAACGGCUCAACAAAGGGAGGAAAAAAGAUGGACUUUAAGAAGACAAAUGCGCAUGGAGCUUCUUGAAAAGGGUAACGACAGAGUAUGGGCUCGAUCUCCCAGUCAGAAAGACAUUGAAAGAGUUUACCAACUUUAUCAAGAAGAUGAACAGCAGCGAAAGGAGGAUGAGAAGUGCCGAGAUGAACUGAAGAAGAGUAGAAAGAAAGAAAAAAAAGUUGAGGAGAGGAAGCGGAAAGCAGAUUUGAUGAAAGAACCAGAACUCUCCAGUACAGAUUCAGACUCCUCGGUUGACGAGAGGAAAAAGAAAAAAUCUAAAAAAGAAAAGAAAUCCAAGAAAGAUAAGAAAGAGAAGAAAGAAAAGAAAGAGAAAAAAGCCAAAAAGCUAGAGAAGAAAAUCUCCAAGAAAGCCAAAACGGAUAAAGUCAGAGAGAGUGAUGAUGAGUGGGUAGAAGUAACAGACAAGAUGCGUCUCAAAGAAGCUGAGAGGGAAGCCAAAGAAGCUGAAGAAAUGCCAGGACCCGCUAUUCCAGAACACCUUCUUUACGCGAAUGGAGGGAAUUAUCCCUCGAAAGCGAACUACGGUAAAGACAUGUUGCGAGGCGAAGCUGAAGCUAUGGCUGCUUAUGUUGCUCGUGGUGAGCGUAUUCCAAGAAGAGGAGAGAUUGGGUUGUCAUCCAAUGAAAUUCAAGAGUUCGAGAAGGCUGGAUAUGUCAUGUCAGGAACAAGGCACAAAGCUAUGGAAGCAACUCGUUUAAGAAAGGAAAACCAAGUUCUGACAGCUGAAGAAAAACGGCUACUCAGUGGGUUCUCCAUAGAGGAGAGAAAGAAGAAGGAGGAAAACGUGCUUCAUCAGUUCAGAAGUCUCAUCGCCUCCAAGCGACAGAACGACUGA